CGCUGCAAUUUUUCCUUCCUUCGUAUUAUUAUUAUUUUUCAUCUUGCCCCUCGGGGAGUGUUUGCAGAGUGCGUUUCCCCAGCAGACCCCCUUCCCGUGAGGGGAGGCGCAAUCAGAAGCGGCUGAUCAGGCUGAACCCAGUGGGAUUCCGGGAAAUGGAAGGCGCUCAAGCCCCGGAAGAAGCCCUCGUGAGCUGCCCGGUUUGCCUGCUUGAGCUCCCAGCCGCUAGUAUUAAUGCACAUCUGGAUAGGUGUUUGCAGCAGGAGGAAGGGACAGACGACCCAACCCCAGAGCGCUGGGGCAGUAGCAGCAGCCCAGAGGCCACGGCGAUGGGCCUGCCGAUGAAGCAGCCUUGCAAUAAGAAAAUGCGCCUGUCCAAGUCUCCGGAAAGGAGCCACAAAGAAGAGGAGCCGGGGAGCAGCAGCCCCAGUCUCGCUCCGGUAUUCUCCCUUUUCCACAAAGGGAGAAACUCUGGAGGGGAGAAGUCGGGGGCUCCGUACGACGCUGCUGCAUCUCCAGCCCGGGGAAAGGGGGAAGAGAAGCAGUUGGACGGGGAGACUCUAGCCGCAGGAGUGAACGCAUCGGUGCCCGAGCUGCGUGGGGCAACCCUGGCGCAAAAGCUGGAGGGGAAGCCCCUGGCAGAUAAGCUGCGGCCAAACUACCUGGGAGAUUACAUGGGGCAAACGCAGGUGCUAGGCGAGCACACGCUCUUGAGGUCCCUGCUGGAAGCCCACGAGAUCCCUUCCGUCAUUCUUUGGGGGCCUCCGGGCUGCGGCAAGACCACUUUGGCGCACAUAAUAGCAAACAGCAGUAAAAAGAAUGGCACCCGCUUUGUGACAUUGUCGGCAACAAGUGCCAAAACCAAUGAUGUCCGAGAUGUCAUUGCCCAAGCCCAAAAUGAGAAGAGGCUCUUCAAGAGGAAAACCAUCCUUUUCAUUGAUGAGAUUCAUCGUUUCAACAAGUCUCAGCAGGAUACGUUCCUGCCUCACGUUGAGUGUGGAACUGUCACUUUGAUCGGUGCAACCACAGAAAAUCCUUCUUUCCAAGUCAAUUCUGCUCUCCUGAGUCGCUGCCGCGUUAUUGUUCUUGAGAAGCUCUCAGUUGAGGCGAUGGAAGCUAUUCUGAUGCGAGCUGUCAAGUCCUUAGGGAUCCAGAUUCUAAGCCAAGAGGAGCAACAGGCUGGCUCUGUGAAUGGCAGCAACAGCAAGAGCCUUGAAUCAUGUGUGCACAUAGAGAGAAAAGCGAUAAACACGCUCGCCUACCUUUGUGAUGGAGAUGCAAGGACUGGACUGAAUGGACUCCAGAUGGCUGUCCAGGCCAGCUUAACUAAACUCCCUCAUCAGAGGAAUGCACAUGGUGGUUCAGUUAAUGGAGUGGUCAUCACAGAAGAUCAUGUGAAAGAGGGUCUCCAGCGAUCCCACAUUCUGUACGAUCGAGCAGGCGAAGAACAUUACAAUUGCAUCUCUGCACUCCACAAAUCUAUGCGAGGCUCUGAUGAAAAUGCUUCCCUUUACUGGCUUGCCCGAAUGCUUGAAGGUGGUGAAGAUCCACUGUAUGUGGCAAGAAGGCUGGUGAGAUUUGCAAGUGAAGAUAUAGGACUGGCAGAUCCUUUGGCUUUACCUCAAGCAGUGGCUGCUUAUCAAGGCUGCCACUUUAUAGGAAUGCCAGAAUGCGAGGUCUUACUGGCACAGUGCGUCACCUAUUUUGCCAGAGCACCAAAAUCUAUAGAAGUGUACAGCGCUUACAGCCAAGUCAAGGCAUGCCUGAGAAAGCACCAAGGACCACUUCCACCUGUUCCUUUGCACUUGAGGAAUGCGCCAACCAAGCUCAUGAAAGACCUAGGCUAUGGCAAAGAGUAUAAAUAUAACCCAAUGUACAAGGACCCUGUAGAGCAAGAAUACUUGCCUGAAGAACUGAAAGGGAUAAAUUUUUUCACCAAAGGAAGAAUGUGAUGCCUUUACAUAGAGCUGUCUUUUCCUGUCCUGCCACACGCAAUUUAAUAUUCUGUAAUAUUUUCUUAUCGCUCAAAUUCUGUUUUUAAGUCCAUCAUAUUUAAUGGGCUGGUCUUGUUGAAUUAACAGGCUCAGAGUGGCAUAACUAUUGCUCAGAUUUCUUAAUGACAAAAAUCUGUUUGGUUGAUGUUAAGCCAUUUAUUCUAGGGAGGAAGGUGUGUCGAGUUUUGGGCAGAAUAUAGAAAAAUGUUGACCCACAGGUUCAUCAAAUUAAGAUUAGCUGAUGUUAUUGGGCUGGAGCAAGCAUAACUGAGUCAGAUACUAGGCAUUAUUUCCCAGAUAAAAUACGUGAAGCAAAAUCUAAUCAAAGUUGGGCGUUUUAAAGUUUCAGUUAUUGUACUGGGAGCAUUAAGAACAUGUUUAAAAACACCCCUAAGUCUGACUUGUUCAUGCCCUUGGUUAAUGUAAUUUACUCAAAACUGUGAAAAGGAAUGAGAAAAGAAAAAUACUUCAUGUGCACCUUACAAUGGAAAACAUAUAUAUGUGAAAUUUAACAUAUUGUUAAAUAUGCUAAAUAGUGUAA